GACAACCAUUUCGGUCUUUGGAGCAACAACUUCUCUCAGCGCAAUGAAAACUAUCGCACUCCUCCUCGCGUGUGUGGCUCUUGCCUCCGCACAAAAUCUCAACUUAGCCAAUAGAUUCCCCCUUCAGCAGAGGGUUACCAACUGGGGCAACCAGGUUUAUGGCCCCGGUGCCAACAACCAGUUUGCUUUCCCCCCUAACCCUAUUUUGAUGCAAAGAGCCAUCCAGAUCGCCAAUUUGGACCCUAACCUUUUCGUGUACCUCGACGUCGACGGAACCAUUGAAUUCCGCGACAGGUUCGGCAACGAGCCCGAGGAACAGCCCCACCGCUUCGACUUCACGCAGCUCCUUGAACUCUAAGCCUUCCUCUAUCUCUAGCUCUUGUUUAAAACGGCUGUAGAUGUUCUCACUGAAGGCAUCUAUACGCCUCUGUUCUCUCUUUCUUUCUGUGGAUUGGGCUUCUAACAACGAUUGACGACCGUUUCCGUUAUUCUCUUGUAAAAAAAAAAAAAGAAGAAAAUUUUACUUUCCCUUAGAUUAGUAAGUUUUACAGGAACAAAAUUUACUUUCCGUCCGUCCUUGCCAUCUGUCUUGCAUCAAUACCUGUGCAUAUUUAUUGCGCCUUGCAUUUUUUUUUUCCUCAAAGGCAGACUUGUUACCAGUCGGCCUAGCUCUGUUUGACCGAACUGAUAGCCUCAGUAAGGCGAGCUGCUUUCACUUCCGCGGCUGUUUUCGAAGGAGAAACAAACAACAAAAAACACAGCUAAACGUUUGCUGUUGAUUCCUCGAUGCAGCCGGGCAGUGCGAGUUGGCGUUCUUGCUGCUGGAGUUUUGGUUGUCCUGUAUUUAUAAAAAAAAAUAUAUAUCAAACUUGCCAUUUCUAUAAUUGGAACUAAUCAGCUGAUGUAAAAAAUCCAUGUAAAUAAACAAAUUAUGGUAA